AUGAGUGGCUCCGAUUCUACUCCUACUGGGGUCAUCUCCAGCAGCGCUGACCGUAUGGUGGGCAUGGAGCAUUCCGAAGUCCGCUACUUCACCAGUUACGAUCAUCAUGGUAUUCACGAGGAGAUGUUGAAAGAUGAUGUCCGGACUCGGUCUUACCGCGAUUCGAUCUACCAAAAUCGCCACAUUUUCAAGGACAAGGUCGUUCUUGACGUCGGCUGUGGGACUGGAAUUCUGAGCAUGUUCGCGGCGCGUGCUGGCGCUAAGCACGUCAUUGGUGUCGACAUGUCCUCCAUCGUCGAGAAGGCCAAGGAGAUCGUUGCUGUCAAUGGCCUCUCUGAAAAGGUCACUCUUCUGCAGGGAAAGAUGGAGGAGGUCCAGCUUCCCUACCCCCACGUCGACAUCAUCAUCUCCGAGUGGAUGGGUUACUUCCUUCUGUACGAGAGCAUGCUGGACACCGUCCUGUACGCUCGUGACACCUACCUUGCCCCCGGUGGCAAGAUCUUCCCCGAUAAGGCUACUAUGUACGUGGCCGCCAUCGAGGAUGGCGAGUACAAGGACGACAAGAUUGGAUUCUGGGACAACGUUUGGGGCUUUGACUACAGCCCCAUGAAGGAAAUUGCCCUCACCGAGCCAUUAGUUGAUACCGUCGAGGUCAAGGCUUUGGUAACCGACCCCUGCCCCAUCAUCACCUUCGACCUGAACACCGUCACUACCGCUGAUCUGGCUUUCAAAGUUCCCUAUGAGGUGACAGCUAAGCGGAGUGACUUCGUCCACGCUUUGAUCGCGUGGUUCGACAUCGAGUUUAGUGCUUGCCACAAGCCCAUUACCUUCUCUACCGGGCCUCAUGCCCGAUACACUCACUGGAAGCAGACCGUCUUCUACCUUCGUGACGUGCUCACCAUCGAGGCUGGCGAGAAGGUCUCUGGUUACCUCGAGAACCGCCCCAACGACAAGAACAAGCGUGACCUGGACAUCACCAUUGACUACAAGUUCGAGGUCAUGGAUGAAAACCGCUUUGCAGAGGGCAGUUGCUUCUACCGGAUGUAA